AUGGAAAACCUAGAGACUGAACUGAAGAUACACGCCCAGAAAUUGAUCGUGAAAGCUCAGGAAUUGAUUGAGAAGACAUCGCCAAAUCAACUUUAUGCUGCCAUUGCAGUUAUCAUAUUCACUGUGCUUCUCUUUAUAAUUGUUAGACUUUUCAAACGUGAUGGCUCCUCACACCAAGGUACUGUGACAUCUGUUGAACCCAAUGAAGGCAUCUUUGUGUUGCACUCAGAGGCUAUUAAGAAGGGUAAAAUUAAGCCUAUUCAUGUUGUUAAUGUACCUGGGCAUUCUCGCCUUCGAACGAAACUAGAUGAUUAUGUGCCGAAAGCAGCUGGUAUUGUUUUUGUUGUGGAUGCUGUCGAAUUCCUACCAAAUUGCCACGCAGCUAUAGAGUACCUCUAUGAAGUUCUGACUAGUGCGAACGUUGUGAACAGAAAAAUUCCGGGUCUUAUCCUUUGCAACAAGGUGGAAAAAGUCACUGCUCACACAAAGGAAUUCAUUAGGAAGCAGCUGGAAAAAGAAAUUGACAAACUUCGGGCAUCAAGAACCGCUGUCUCUGAAGCGGAUGUUACUAAUGAGUUUACACUUGGGACCCCAGGGGAGCCAUUCAACUUUUCCCAGUGUCUCAACCAAGUGACAAUUGGUGAGGCUUCUGGCUCAACUGCAGAUGUCUUGCACCUGGAAGACUUCAUUAGGGGCGUUCUGAAGCCUUGA